AUGACAAGAUACUUCACAGAUGUGUCAGCGGCGCAGCAUGAAGACGCGAAUAUGGAGGCAAGGGUUGAGACGGCGCAGCGCACGAUCGAGGAAUAUCAGCAGACCAAGGCAGAGUUGAGUCGAGAAUUCAAGGCAAAGGCGAGAGUCGCGAGAGAGAAGAUCAAUGCGCUCGGAGCGACGAGAAGAGAUGUCGCCGGAAGAGGUGAUCGACUCACGGUGGAGAAGGGACAACUAGCAAUCGACUAUGGCAACGCGGUUGUGGCACUCCGCGACCUGAUCGUGCAACACGUGGAGGCGCAGAUUCUGGCCGUAGAAGCGAAGAACGACCUUGAGAAGCUAAAGGAGCAUACGCAGGAGGAGAAGGAGUUGUUGGAGCUGAGGAGGGAAGUGGACACUUCCGUGCUGUUAAGGAGAAGGCGUUGGCGGACGGAGGCAAGCUCGGCGACAUAUGCAAGGGUAUCGGCGAAUCGAUGGAGGAGGGUGAUGUGCCUCCAUGAGACGCAUGAUGAGGUCAAGGAGUGGGAGCCGGAGAGGCUCGAGCUGGAGAUCGAAAGCAUGCAUGCCAAGCUCGAGAUGAACGAUGGUGCUGGUGGGCAGCAGAUCCUGAAGGCAUACGAGGACCGCGCGCACGCAAUCGAAAAGCUGAGCAGGAGGAAAGAGGCAGUAGACGCUGGGCUCGAGGCGUUGGAAACGGACCUGACGGACAUCCGGGAGCAGUGGGAGCCAAAGCUCGACCGUCUGAUUGCCCAGAUCAGCGAGGCGUUUGCGGAGAACAUCGCGAAGAUCCAGUGUGCGGGCGAGGUUUCUGUGCACAAGGAUGAGGACUUUGAGCAGUGGGCGAUUCCGAUCAAGAACAGAGAAAACGAAACUCUCCCUGUUUUAGACCAUCGCAAGCAGUCCGGCGGUGAGCGCGCGGUCUCCACCAUCUUCUACCUCAUGGCCUUGCAGUCCCUCGCUCGCGCUCCUUUCCGCGUGGUCGAUGAGAUCAAUCAGGGUAUGGACCAGCGCAACGAGCGCUUGAUGCACGCUCGGAUGGUGGACAUGGCGUAUGCGGAGAGCAGCGCAAGUCAGUACUUCCUGAUCACGCCAAGGUUGCUCAGCGGGCUGAAGUACCAUGAGAACAUGAAGGUGCAUUGUAUCGCUAGUGGAGAGCACAUGCCAGACGACUACCGCGAGGUGGGUUUCGGCUUGCUGGCACAGAGGGUGUCGGCGGUCAGGAGCGCGCAGGCGGCUGCUUAG